AUGAAUCCUAACUUUGACUCAAUCGGUAAACAGUUUGUUGAACAGUAUUAUCUUGUUUUCGACAACAAAGACAUCAGAGGCCAGGUGGCGGUGAUGUACCAUCCAACUGAUGCAUUGUUAACUUUUGAAGGUCAGCAAUUCCAGGGUGUCGAAGCCAUCUCAGAGAAAAUGAAAACAAUCCCCAUUGAUAACAUGUUCCGGCAGAUAACAACAAUUGACUGCCAGCCAACUGUUGAUGGAGGUGUAUUGGUUAAUGUCAUUGGUCAGCUGAAGAACAAUUCAGAAAACGACAAAGUCCUGGGAUUCUCACAAACUUUUGUUCUCAAGCCAGCAAAUAAUUCUUUCUUCAUUUUUCAUGAUAUUUUUAGAUUGGUCAUACACAACGCUUAA